CGCACGCCGGGCGUACGCUUUGUCACGCGUGCGGUUUUCUACGCUCUCUGUCUGCGUGUGCUCGUCUCUCGUCUCUCACCUAAGUUUAUUGUUAGAGGGGCCGGCUAGCCGCGGACAGGGCAUCAGGAUUUAGUGCUUCUUACACGCCCAUGACGGUACCACGCGUCUCCGGGAGCUUCUUUCGAUCGUUUCUCGAUCGAUCCUCGCGAUUCGACGCGUUCUGAAUCGAGUAACUCGAAGUUGAGACUGAUUAACGGUGACGGUGAUCGAUGAGUGCGAUUGAUUUUGUGAUUUUUUAUUUUUAUGUGAGCCUUUGCUCGACGAAUCGAUAAUUUUUUGGUGUUUUAAUUUCAAUUUGAAAUCUUUUAAAUCGAGUGUAAUUGAAAAUUGAAGUUUCUUUCCUCGUGGUUUCAUAGUUGAAAAAAAGCCGUCGCUGGUAUCGACCCUCGAUUUCGUCGGGACGCACCUUGGCUUAAACCUGGCACUUUAUUAAAAGAUAAAAAUGCAGUCAGAACCUAUUACCCCGGAAGCGGUGACGCGUCGUUUUAAAGGAACCUCCGCAAAGGAAGUUGCUGAAUUGUAUGGCUUAUAUUCAACAGCUUUUGCUCGAACGCUGGUCCUUAGGUAAAUGAGCUCUUAUCGCUCGUUCCUUCUUCGCACGAAGCCAUAGUAAAAACUUCAGACACCAGCAAACGGCUAGUAGAUAGAUGCAAGUUCUUAUCAGACCCCUUGGUGUAUCUCUUAUCGUCGGCCAUUUCACUGUCGCGAAUAAACCUCGUGAACUUGUGGCACGAAGAAAGGAUUGGUCGAGUGUGCGGGGGUAGGAUAAAGUGAUAAGUGUGCGUUUGGGUACUCGCUGUCCAUGGCGAAGGAGCGUGGAACUCGCGAGAGGACUUAUAAGGGGUACUUAUUUCGCGAGUGCACUUUCAACGAGUGCUAAUUUCGAAAGUGGACUUUCGACGCGUGUAAAACUUGCUAAAAGAGUUACUAAAUUCGCGAGUGGACUUCGAACGCGUGUAAAACUUGUUAAAAGAGUUCCAAAGCGUACUAAAUUUACGAGUGAACUUCCAACGCGUGUAAAACUCGCUAGAAGAGUUCCAAAGCGUAUUAAAUUGGCGAGUGGACUUCCGACGCGUGUAAAUCUCGCUAGAAGAGUUCCAAAGCGUACUAAAUUCGCGGGUGGGCUUUCAACGCGUGUGUAACUCACACGGAGUGGAAUGUUAGUGUCCAAGUGUUGCAGUGUUACUAAAUCCUUACGAAAUUCCGCGUUGCACGCGAACAGACCGCGAAACGGAAGAAAGGAAGGAAAGAAGCCGCUCGAGGAGGCAUUAUUAAAGCAACGGGCCUUUAAACCGGCGGCUAGGUUCGCGUUUACGUGGGCAGAGCGAAAAGUAUGCGGCACCAAGCACGAUGAAGGGGCCAAGAAUCGGUGGCUCAGCGAGCGGGAAAAAGCUGGACUUCUGCCAAGAACCGCGUCACGGUUGGACAGUGUUGCUGGUGUAUUUGGGCAUCUGUGCCUUGAUGCCUGUCACGAUCUUUGCUGCUCCUGUGGAACUUCGCGAAAUACCGAAGGGGAACAACGAGCGUCGACCAAACGAUGCCAAUAAUGAUUCAACCGAAGGAGAUUUACCGGUUUUUGAGCCAACAGCGGCGAACGUCAGCGCAUACGUCGGGCAGACCGUGUACCUGCCAUGCCGUGUACGAAAUUUGGGAGACAAAGUGGUGUCCUGGAUGAGGAGCAAGGACCUCCACAUUCUCACGUCAGGAACUACUCUGUUCAGCUCGGAUGCGAGGUUCGGGCCUCAGCACACACCAGGAAGCGAUGCUUGGACACUCAGGCUGGACAACGCCCGGAAGACGGACUCCGGCAAGUAUGAAUGUCAGGUGAACGCCGAGCCGAAAAUGAUGUAUGUUGUUCAGCUGUCCGUGCGAGAUCCUGAUAAGCCAGAAGGUUACGACGAACCCCAUUCCCAACAGACACGAAUAAGUUACGAAAGCACCGCUCCGGUGGCGGCCAUAAUGGGUCCUCGGGAGCAGAGGGUGCCAUCAGGGUCGACGAUCACCUUGAGGUGCGUCAUAUUGUCCCCGUAUCAGACCCGACCCAUCAGGGGCGUACAAUGGCUCCGGGACAACAAACUACUAACAUUCCAGGCAGCACGAGGCGGAAUAAACGUGGAAACCGAAAGAGGCGCGGCAAGUACGGUCUCCGAAUUGACAUUGGCGACGGUCACGCCGAACGACGUCGGAAAAUAUUCGUGCAGACCGACGGAGGGACGGACGGACACUGUAAUGCUGAUCGUCGAACCAGGAGAACGCACGGAAGCCAUGCAACGUGACGCCGGAUACGUCUCAUCCGGAUGUAACGUCAGGCACUGGGCCGGACUUCUACUUCCGUUCUCGUGGUUUCUAAUACUCGCGCGAAACAGCCAAACUUUCCUGCAAUAGCACGGACCAACCCGACAGUAUUUCACGCUUGCCUCUUCUGCCCUGAUGCCCUCGUUCCGCUUCGGGGAAAGUACCUACAACCGUUGACCAACGACCAGUAGAAUGUAAGCUAGAAAUAUAGUAGGAAUUAUCGGUAAGAGGAUGAUCGACCACCAUGGUGUUGCCAUUUGAAUUUUAAAUCCAGAAAAAUCUUCCCAACACGAAUUUUCAUCUCCUUUUUCUGUCGAAAAUCAGAGGGAUAAAAAUUAUUAAUUCGAAUGGUCGUGAAUUUAAAUGAAUAAUUAUUCAUAUAUUCUUUUUCCAGGGAAAAAGAUAUUAUGAAAGUGUAUAGUAUAAUUUUAUGGAACACCUCGUAUUUAAGAAUAAUGGAAGACAGCCUCGUUAAUUUAUUAAAUUUCUACCGAUAGCUACUGAAAAAAAAAUGGCUAAUCCCGAGGCAAUUCAUCGGAAAAGCGAGCUGUCUGUUAAAUUUAUUUUUUACCUAAAUAAUUCAGUAAGCGAGCCGCAAUGCUGCACUUGAUCUCAAUGCGUUGAAACGUCUUUUUCGCUUCGCCCUAGCUUUUUUGAGCGUAGCUCUUGAAGUCAAUGGGAUUAAAGUGGCCGAGUAACGUCAAAGGAUGUGAAAGUAAUUUGAUAUCCUGUAUCUUAGCUCGGUGGAUGCUUCUCUGACGCUGAGAAACGAUAUUAAUCCAAAUUUUUAAUUCAUAAUUUUACUCGUCAGCCUUGAUGAAACGUUCGCGUCGUCGAUCCUGUCGCAAGAUUGUACAUAAUUAACGUAGAAUUUGCAAUUAACCUCCUUGAAUCUAGAAAUUAGUAUUUAUAAAUGAAACUCCUAGCACAAUCUGAAACGAUAUAAACCAUAGAAAAAAUGAUAAAUAAAUUCAUAAUUUUAACACAAUUCGUUCAUUUUCUAUUAUUUUCUAUGAUUUUUAUUUUUA